CGCCCUCCCCAAGAUCUUUACAGUUCUCGGUGAUGACACCUGCUCAGAACAGCCUCUCAUCCUCCGCGGGCCUGGUCCCAUCCAGGAAUCCUAGCCAAAGCAGUGAGGCCUCGCCCCUCUGGGCCCGAAGAUUAUUUCUUUCCGGGACGCACUCAGAGCCUCCGAGGCUGUCGGGUAGGAAAUUCGCCUUGCAACGUUGGUCCGCCCUUCUUCUCUGAGACCACAAGGAGGUGCUAAGAAAACAUUGAAAAAACAAAACAAAACAACCCACCACAACAACACAGCAAACAACCACGUUCUCCUGCACGCUGUGGAGCCUCAAUAACUUCUAGAAGGAUAGUCAGUUACCUGAGAACUGCGACUGCUGUAGAGGGCAGGUUAGAAUGCUCUCAGCCUUGUCGGAACGAUGUCCAUUUCGCACAAGACAAGGACUAAAUAUUGCAGUCUCCCAGGGGCACCCUCACCCAGUGACCCCCCUCACCCAGACAGUGGCCUUGGUCCCUCUAGUACUGUGAGUCUCACUUGCUGCAGCUGCCCCCAUGUUCUGCAAGAUGUAUGGUGAGCUGCAAGGAGGCAACAAGUCCUGGGUUCAAAUCCUGUCAGGAUCACCGGUCUGCUUGUGCAACCUGGCAUCAUUUCUCCUCUCCUAAAUGAAAGAAACUCAGGAUGUGCUUGCCUAAGUGGACCAUCAAUAUGUGAACAAAUGUGGGCUUCCUUUCUUUUUGGUUGGAGCAUGUUAUAUUUCCAUGCUCCCCAAACUGUGUUACUAAGGGCUGAGGCUCAGGUGCAGAAGAAUGUGUUACCUGAUUCUGUCCUGGUACCUCCCUGGAUGCCAUGGGAAAGAAGGAGAAAAGGGUCAUUUCGUCACCAUAGAGUUGUUCUUUGCUCAUCUCCUGAAGGCUCAGAGGACUCCCACCCCACCACCUCCUUGAUCCUCUUGACCUCUGUCAUUAACACUUGCCCCACCAGGAAUGUAGCAGCUGGUGGCUGACGAAGGGAGGCAGGCAACAUGAGGCUCUGAGGCCGGUAGACAGGACUGUCGCCCCAUUUCCCAUGUGGUGAGGGACUGGCAGCUCAGCUGUGCUCUGCAGCACUGCCUCCUAGAGUCCCACCCAAGACUGACACCACCUGGCCCUCCCUUUUCUGAUCCCUUCCUUCCCAGAAAAUCCACUUGGACAUCUAGUAGCCUCUUAAGCUUUUUCAGAAUGGAUCUUUGGAGUCCUCUCUGUGCCACAACUUGCCCACCAGAUUUUCUGGCACCAUCCAUGCACCUAGUGCCUGAGGAAUCAUCCUUGAUUCUUCUCCCUUCUUCACCUCCCACAUACACAACACACUAAGAACCCAGCCACCUCUCACCACCUCCAUGGUUGGCAUUCUGGCCAUACCCUUCACGUGGCUCCCUGCUUUAGCCUCUUGAUUUGUCUUCUUGCUUCCAUCCUGGUCCCUCCACAGUCUAGCUCCUCACAACUACCAGGGAGGUCUUUAACAUAAGUCAAAUCCUCUCCCUUCCUUGCUCAGAAGCCUCCUAUGUUUCCCCAUUUCACUCUAGAGAGAAAAAAGUAAACCCAAAACUCAAAGUCUUUUCCUGCAACGCCCCCAUAAGCCACCACUCCCAACCUCCUUGACCUUGAUCUCAGCCCCUCCCCUAGUUUUUUAAACCUGGACCACCCGGAACUGAUUUCUGUUCUUUAAACAUGCCAAGCUUGUUUCCACCUGAGGACUUCUAAUUUGCUGUGCCCUCUGCCCAAAACACUGAUCUCACAGUCCAGAAUGGCUCAUCUCAAAUGUCAUUAAUCCAGAAAGACUUCCUGACCAACUCUGCCUAGGCAGCAUGCCCUUCUACAGGAGUUCUGUCUUCUUAUCCUGCUUUAUUUUCUUUAUAACCUUGAUUAUUGUUUGGAAUUUUUAUUUAUAUGUAUACUUACUGAUUUGUCAUCUGUCCCACCUCAAUAGAAUAUAAAUUGGAUGAUGGCAGAGAUCUUAUCCCUCUUACUCCCUACAGCUCUCCCUGAGGGGGGAAGCAGUCUUUUUUCCCCUCUCAGCCCAUCCUUUUUUGGGCCAGUGCCCUCUGUCACUUCAGAACCUGGACAGCGAUGACGUUUGCUGAGGACAAGACUUACGAGUAUAUCCGCCACCAUUACAGCAAUUUUGUUCAUAUUCAUGUUCUGGAGAUUCUGCCUUAUCUGUCCUGCCUCACAAUAAGUGACCAGGACCGACUGCGGGCCUACUACCAGCUCUGGGGGAACCAGGGCACCCUCUGGGAGCUCUUCAACAGCCUUCGGCGGCGGACUGGCUGGGUGGAAUCCUUCAUCAAGGCCCUGAGGAUCUGUGAGCUGGCCGGUCUUGCUGACGAAGUGGCCUCUGUCUACCAGAGCAACCUGCCCGGGGUCCCGAAGAACUGCCCCCCAGCCCCACUGGAGCCACAGUUAGCUCCUGCUGAGGUUCCAGGGCCUUCCACACCUGCCGUGGCCCCCAGCGCCCCCCACAAUGGCUACAGAGAGGAGGAGCCAAGUUUCCCCAUGCCUGUCCAGGACACUGAGCCGCCAGAGUCCCUAGGAGAGAGUUCAAAGAAAGUCCCACAGACACCCAGUUCUGGGACUGUCCUGAGGAGGCCAGCUGGCCCCCUGGAGCCCUCCUCUGACAUGGCAGCCCUCAGCCCUCUGACCUCCAGUGGGCGUCAGGAGCAGGACACAGAACCAGGCAGUGCCCACAUAGCAGGCAUGGCCUCCAGCCUCACAUCACCCCGUGGGCCUGUGUCUCCAUCUGUCUCCUUCCAGCCACUGACCCGUUCCAUCCCCAGGGCAAGCCGCUUGCCAGGACCCUCAGUAUCAGCUCCGCCUACUGGCAUCUCCUCCUCUUCCCCUUGCUUGGCCUCUUCAGGGGGUGCUGGUGACCAUGGUGAGGCUACCAUCUGCCCUGGGGCCGGGGUGGUGGCCAGCUCAUUGACCACCAGCGUGGCACCCUCCAAAGUGCCUACCAACUCAGCAUUUGAUAGAACGAUGCCUUCCAAGUUGCCUGCCAGCUCGAAACCCUCUGGUACAAUGUCUACUAACGUGCUCACUAGUCUACCGCCAUCCAAACUGCCUAUCAACUCCACACGUGCUGGCACAGUGGCACCCAAGGUGCCUACUGGCUUGGUGCCUGACCACAGGAUGUCCACAAGCACAGCGCCCAGCACAGUGCCUGCCAACACAGUGCCCCCCGUCAGGAGCAGCAUAUCCUCAGGGGAGACUCCUCCAGUGGCUCCAGAGCCCACAGGCACCUCCACCAGAGACAGCUUGCCCGAGCCAGACCACAACCCUGCCACCUGGGGCUCCGAGUUGGAGCUGAGCAAGCCUGGCCGGCUGGUCUCCCACAUGGACAGUGAGCCGUUCUCAGGCUGCUCUGCGGACCUGGCCCUCAGCUGCAGCAAGUCCUUGGGCGCAGGGCCUGACAACGCCCCAGAGGAGAAUGAGUACCAGUCAGUGGAGUCCAUUAGGAUCCAAGUGGCCCAGGAUCCCAGCAUUAACCUGGUAGAGGGUAGUCCCGGGCCUCCUGCUGCCCCACAGCCCUCAGUCAAGGACAAGUUUGUCCCGGCCAGAUUCUAUGCUCCAUGGCUUGGGGCAGCUGCAGCUGGGGCUCUCUUCGCCAUGCUCUUGGCUGUGCUGUAUAGGCGGCGCCUGUGAAGCCCCUAGGGCCUCCCUGUCCCGAGUCUGCUCCCUUCCCUGCAGGACAUCUAGCCCAAGCACGGACUGUGCUAUCUCCCUGUCUUGUCCCUUUCAUGGGGCUCGUGGAGCCUGGGCCUGAGGAGAGCCGGGGGUGGGGGGGGUGGGGUGCACAGACUGAGUGCAGACCAGAUUUCUGUCCCAGCCCAUGCCCUCCCCAUGUACUCCAGACUUCACACACCCCACAAUCUGGUCUGUGGCCUUUAUUCUCUGGAGGAGGUGAGGUACCCCCAUCCAGACCCUGUUUGCUCAAGUCCACAGAUGAGGUGGUGCUGCUAGAUCAUGCAGGGGGUCAGAACCCGCCGCCUCCCCCCCAUCCUGCCCUGGUGCCUGGUGGCCAGCAGAUGUGCAGGGUGGGGGAUUCCACAGGACCUUGCUCCAGACCCUAAAAGCCCCAGGAACGUAAGGGUGAUCCAUUUCCAGGGACCUGGCUGCUUGAGGUCCCCCAAGAAGCGAGGGAAGUCCAGAGGUUCCCCUGGACCCCUAGGGAACCUAAGGCAGCUGCUAGGCCUGAGGACUGUCUCUGAAGCCCCUCUCCAGUCUCCUCACCCCCAUUUUCCCUUUCCCUCCCUCUGGUCUCUGUGGUCUUUAGCUUGGUGGUGGUGGGGAGGGGGGUUUGGGAAGGAGAGACCUGCCAGGGUAAGCUCAGGCCAAGGUUUGGAUUUCAGCUCCACCCCUUCCUGGGCUGUGUAGCCUUGACAAGAUGAUCAGACUUCUCUGGUCUUGCUUCCCCACAUGGCCAGUAUCAUGGCUCAUUUCCCCUGGGCUCUUCUGAGAUUGAAGCACACAAGUGUUUGUCAAGUGCCUGCAUUCCCCAGAGUAGGUGACUGCUGAUAGCUGCCCCUAUCUCUCCCCUGCCAAGCCUGGUAGACAUGAGGGUAUAAGAGGCAGAAUGCCCAGUGGGUAAGGGUGCAACUCUGUAGUUUGGGGUGGGGCCUGUACCCCACUCGAACUUUCACUCACUCUGUGCUCUGUCACUGUGCUCUCUAUUAACCUCUCUGUGCCUCAGUUUCCUCAGCUGUAAAAUGAGGAUGAAUAGUAAAAUUUUAUAUGUAUAUAAAAACAAAUCUCCUAGUGUGAUGAGGAUUAAAUGAGUUUAUCUAUAUGAA